AUGGCCUAUUUCAAGCAAGUUGAAGCUGGUCUAUGUUAUGUGUCUGAUGAUGGGAAAGAUGUUCUAUGUGACCGGAUGCCUAGUGGUGAAACUUGGCAGGUGUGUCUGAAAUGCAAUAGGUACCCUCUUGACUGGUGUAGAAAAGCUGAACCAGUGGAGGAAGAUAGCAGGAAUGCUGAUGAUCCUUACAGCUCAAAAUUUGGUCGGACAUCAACUGCUAGUAUAAUGACGGAAAAUACUACACCUAAACCUAAGAUGGUAUACAGGAGAAAGAAGCUUCGAAAGGACUCAAAUUUCAAGCUAGAGCCAAAUAUGCAGGCAAGUGCAAACUACCCUUCAGUUAUAAGCUCCGCUGCACAUUUAUCAUCAGAGGAACAGCCAGCUGGUUUUCAGGUAAAUCAUGAAAUUGAAGUGGUUAAAGAUCCUACCAUGCCCUCAGUCUUGUUUGAUGGAGUAGCCAAAGAUAGAACUCAUAAAAACUUAGGUAUUAGCAGCGUAAAUGAUAGUUGCUCCUCUUCAAAGCCAGAUAUGGAAACUGAAAUGGAUGAAAAUGGUGAAUGCUCCUCCUCCAGUGUAAUAGUCAUGGAUUCCACUAAGGAAGAAGUGACGGAAAAGGAUUUCUGCAUUAAUAUUUUAAGAAGCCAUGGACUUCUUAGAGAAUAUGCUCCUGAAGAUAAUGUGGCUUCUGGGGAAGAUGCCGUCAUCACUGGUAAUAGCUGCUGUUCCAGGUCAUGCAAAAUAUGUGAUCAUUUAGACAGUUCACUGAACAUGCUUUUAUGUGAUCAUUGUGAAGAUGCAUAUCAUCCAUCAUGCUACAAUCCACGUUCGAAAAAACUACCAAUUGAUGAGUGGUUUUGUCAUUCAUGUCUUAAAAAAAGGCAGAAAAUUCUCAAGGAACCAAAUAUUCACAAUGAGUUGGGCAAAUGUAGAGCUACCUCAGUUAAGGCUGAAUCAAAUUCCAUACUAUUGAUGUUGAGAAACACUGGGCCAUAUACAACUAGUGUACGGGUUGGUAAAGGUUUUCAAGCAGAAGUUCCUGACUGGUCAGGUCCGAUAGAAAGUGAUGAAGAUGCCCUUCCUGAACCAUUGGAAAUUAAUCCUUCAGACUUCAAUAGACUGCUGGAAGAGAAUACGAGAAGUCUUUCUAAGCUCAGUGCCAUUGGUAAUUGGAUUCAAUGUCAGGCAGUUAUAGAUAGAUCCAAUGGAACUAUAUGUGGAAAAUGGCGCCGGGCACCUUUUUUUGAAGUUCAAACUGAUGUCUGGGAGUGCUUUUGUGCUAUCCACUGGGAUCCAUCUCAUGCUGAUUGUGCUGUACCUCAGGAGCUUGAAACAGAUCAAGUUUUGAAGCAACUGAAGUAUGUGGAAGUGCUUCGGCCGCGAGUUGCUGCUAAACGGAAAAAAUCAGAUUGCACACAAAACAAUGAUUGA